AAGUUUCUGGCGCGGUCACUGUAAGCCGCCUAGCUUGGUCAAAGUCAAGCUCAUCAAUGAAAGUAGGCCCAAUUCACCAACAGCAUGGAACCCAUUGUAAUCCAAUCGUUAUCAGUGGCCGAGUCUUCUCCAAUGGCUUCAAUGGCGCCAUUGAAGCCAUUCCGUCUCUCAUAAAUUCAUAAUCUUCUCUCUCUCUCUCUUUCUCUCUAAAAAUGGCAAGAGGAAUGCUCUUUCUUGUUCUUCUAAUUGUACUCCUAGUUCAUGAAACCUGGAGUGCGAAAGAUGGUGAACACUGUGCUCCUUCUUCCUGCGGCAAUAUUAAGAACAUAAGCUAUCCGUUCGCGCUAAAAGACGACCCAGAAACCUGCGGCGAUCCAAGGUAUAGGCUUUCAUGUGAGAACAACCAGACAGUGUUAUAUUUGUAUGCCGGAAAAUACAACGUACGGGAAAUCAAUUACACUAACUUCAGAAUCCGAGUUUCAGACUCCGGUAUUCAGGAGAAUGAUAACCACUCUUUAAUCCCUCAUUAUUUUUUGAGGGACGAAAAUUUCACUCCAGGGGAUCCAUAUGCCACAGAGGUUCGAUAUUAUAACAAAUAUGGAGUUCCAGCACAUACAUAUAAUCUGUGGACGGCAUAUGUCUCAAAGCCUGCGGCUUUCGUGAAUUGCGAAAAGCCUGCGAUUUCUUCAUUGUAUGUGAACAUUUCUGCUUGCUUUAUUAACUCUUCCAAGAGUUAUAGAUAUAUUCAGGUUGGCACAACGGGUGCAGAGUAUGUGGAGGACACGUGUCAAGUUGAGCAAAUUUAUCAGAUGAGGGGGAAAAGUUCUUACCCGGAAGAUAUUUCCUGUUCAGACGUCCACAAUGAUAUAUUGGUAUAUGGUUUUCAGCUUUCAUGGCACCAAGUUUAUUGUGGAAGCUGCGCCGGAGAUGAUGUCUGCUACCUCAAUUACGCCAACAAUAUUACUGUUCGUUGCUUUCAGAAUGAUACUGGAGGAUCCCUUAUUCAUCCAAAAAAAAGAGGAUUCCUUCGAAAUCUAUGGCAAGAUGUCCGUGUCUUCUUUUCCUAUGGUGUCCCUUACUUCUUUCACCAUGGUCUCCGUAACUUCCUUGACUAUGAUUUUACUGGGGAUUAUGGGGAAGGUGGACAACUGCUGAUCAUCAAGUAUAUCGGAGUAUACCAUGGAGCAAAAGUUGUAUUGGUCGGUCCAUUCCUGAUUGCAUAUUUGGUAUAUAAAUGGCGUAGGAGGCAUUUGUCGGCGUAUGAUAGUGUUGAAGAAUUUCUUCAAAGCCAAAACAACCUCAUGCCAAUAAGGUAUUCUUACUGGGAAAUUAAGAAGAUCACUAAAAGUUUUAAGGAUAAAUUGGGUGAAGGAGGCUUUGGCACUGUAUAUAAAGGAACGCUUCAAAGUGGUUGUGUUGUAGCUAUAAAGAAGUUAAUUAGUAAGUCCAAAGCUAAUGGGCAAGACUUUAUCAAUGAGGUAACAACCAUUGGAAGGAUUCACCAUGUUAAUGUAGUGCGACUCAUCGGUUAUUGUGUUGAAGGAUCAAAGCGGGCUCUUGUAUAUGAGUUCAUGCCUAACGGGUCUCUGAAUAAUUAUAUUUUCUUGCAAGAAAGAAAUAUCAUUUUAAGUUACGACAGAAUGUACGGUAUUGCUCUAGGAGUGGCUCGUGGGAUUCAAUAUUUGCAUCAAGGAUGUGAUAUGCAAAUUUUGCAUUUUGAUAUCAAGCCUCACAACAUUCUUCUUGAUGAGAACUUUACUCCCAAGAUUUCUGACUUUGGCCUGGCAAAAUUGUAUCCAGUAGGUCAAAGCAUUGUUUCUUUGGCUGCUGAAAGAGGGACGUUUGGAUAUAUGGCUCCUGAGUUAUUCUACAAAAACAUUGGAGGCGUUUCAUACAAAGCUGAUAUAUAUAGUUUUGGAAUGUUACUGAUGGAAAUGGCCGGUAGAAGAAAGAACUUGAAUGCAUUUGCUGACCAUUCAAGCCAAAUUUACUUCCCUACUUGGGCUUAUGACCAGUUGCAUGAUGAAAAGGACAUAGAAAUGGAAAAUUCUGUGGAGGAUGAGAAGAAAGUAGUAAAAAAGAUUAUCAUAGUCGCGUUAUGGUGUAUACAGUUGAAGCCUAGUGAUCGUCCUUCAAUGUACAAAGUGAUAGAAAUGCUUGAAGGAGAAGUUGAAUUCUUACAAAUGCCUCCCAAACCUUCCCUAUCACCAACAGAAAGACCCACAAGCGUUGUCGUAGGGAAUUGAAAGCUCAUCAAGUCAAUCAAAUAAAUUAAGUGAAUCAACUCAAUUUUAGAUGCAGAUUAAUUGAUAUGUUUGUUUGCUGGGCAAGUACUUUUUUCACACACACAUAUAUGUAUAUAUAUUGGCAGCACAAAGAUGUUGAUAUUUUUAUGUAGCAAAUAAGAUUUUCUUUGAUCUAUGAUAUAUAAAUCUCCAUGUUUCCAUGUUUGAAUUCUUCAUGCUCGAUCAUACUUAAUCACUGAAGUGAGCUUUACUUUA